AAAUACGGGAUUGGGAAUACCAAUAUAAGAAGAAGCCAACCGAGAAAUAGAAAAUAAAAUUCUGAGAAAAAGAAUAAAAAUUUGGAAUAUUUUUCGAGCUGAAAAGAAAAAAUGAAAGAAAUUCUAGUCCGCCUUGCACGAGAAGAUGACUUUAAGGCAAUCGAAGAGAUGUCAAAAGGAGUUUACAGUGGACACGAUUAUUUUUUGUGUGUGUUCAAUGAGUGGCUUCACAGCCCGCAGCGACUGAUCUUCGUAGCCGAGCUUGGUGGCAGAGUAGUAGGGUUGCGGGCAGUGAAUAUCGUUGAUCAAGGCAAGACCUUUAUAAGCCAAGGCUUGCGUAUACACCCUGAUUUUAGAGGUCAAGGGUUGAGCUCCCGGUUGAUCUCCUCAGUCCAUGAGUAUAUACGCCUGCACCAUCCUAGCGUUAAGCGCGAACGAUUUACUACCAAGUCUGAUAAUAUCGAGCGGUUAGCCAUCCAGAAGAAGCAUGGUGAUAGAGCUGUAUUGGAUCAGGAUAUUCUUGCUUUCUAUGUGAACCAAGGAGAGAUAUCCCCAGAGGUAAUGAAUAAAGUGUCCAGCGAAGCAUCUAUAAAGCUUCACCCAUACAACAAGAACCAAGUGUCCGAGGUACUUUUCUCCGAGGGGGUGUCGAACAUUCUGUUCCAAGAAUCUUGCCUAAUAAUAGAUUGGGAACCCUUCGAGGCUCUACGAUCAAAUAUCGAUUACAUUUUCCAGGACAGGGAUUAUCAGUUUGCUGACCGAAGCGCAGCCGAUGUCAGUCGUGGGGAACUACCGAAGUCGUUUAGCCAUGGACGAAUAUCUCCGCGUACAGAUUGCGUCCAUUGGGUGACUACUAUCUAUACUGAUGACCCAAUACUGUAUAGAGCACAUGUUCUACAGCAGUUGAAGUGCGCCUUGGAGCAAGUUCAUGGUAGCUUUAUUUUCUCACCAUUUCAUGUGCCAAGCCUGUCGAACGAGGGACGGCAGAUCCUGAAGGAGGAUUUACAGCUGAGACCUGUGGAAUUCUUCACGUUUGGUUUGAGGCUUUUUGAAAAAGAAUUUAAAUGAAAAGAAAGUGAAUGCAAGCAACAGACCUGAUCCUCCAACAACUGACAGUGAGUCUCCUGUCUCACCUUAAGAUAAAAUUCCUAGCAAUAGACUUUUCCCGAGCUCGCUUGAAUGACCACGAAUCAAUAGCUCCAAGUUAAGUUGGACUUGAUGUGUUCACACCGAA